AACAUACUGGCCGCCUUGUUAUCGGAGACCACAGAUCAACCUCUCACUUCAGGACAGGGGAAGAAGACAAGAAAAUGAAUGAAGAACUGGAGUCUCAGUACCAACAGAGCAUGGACAGCACGAUGUCUGGACGAAACCGGCGCCAUUGUGGACUUGGUUUCAGUGAGUUUCAGGAAGGUGAAGAACAAGAAGAAGAGGCAGCUGGACACUCCUCUGAAGAGAGUUCAGAGGACUCCGAAAGUGGCUCUGAGUCAGAGCAAGAGGAGUCUGCAGAGGAGCUACAAGCUGCUGAAAAACAUGAUGAAGCUGAGGUUCCAGAAAACAAAAAAGAAGCAAAAAGCAACUAUAAAAUGAUGUUUGUUAAAGCCAGUGGUUCAUAACUGCAGAUGUAACAGCUUUGUAUUUAAAGUACAGUAAGCCUUAUUGUUACAGUGCAAAGUGGAGGACUGCUACAGCACAAAUCUUUGUAUUAUGAUUUUAAAAAGAUCCUGUUAGAUGACAAAAAGUAGUAUUUGCUUUCAGUUGCCAUGGAUAACAUUUUUAUGGGCACAGUGAUAUUACUGGUUUUUGUAAAGUGUAUAAAAUACUGGAUGGAGAAAUAAAUUCUUUUUGUUCCUGCCCAAUCUCUACAAUGUUAUCUAAACUAUCCCUCCCCUUAUUCCAUGCCAGAUAAGGAAACUUCAUGUUAGUGGUUUCUUCCAUUAGUACCCCAGUCUUGAAUUUUUAACUAUUACGAUUACAUGUGAAUUACUGGAUGUUGCAUUAGUUGUAAAACACCAAUAUCGGCGCUAUUCUGUGAUGUACUAGAGCUUUAAACAAUUAUUUUGUCUAUAGAUGCUAGUGUUGACAGGGCUAAGAGGAGAAAUCACUCGCUUCUGUGACAGUAUUAAUGACUGUAUCCAUCCGAAGUCCUACAGCAGCUGCACAGGAGAAGAUGUUUUAGAAACGCAUAAUACAACAGAAGGCUCUAACUGCUUCUUUGGCUUUAUGAUGAGGGGGAUAAGCUGUAGUUCUUUAUACUAGCAGAAAAGAGUGAUUUUUGAAUUAUUGGCUCCUGGUUGUAGCGCUGAGCUGUUAUUGAAAAUAACUCCUCCCAAAGAAACCAGUUUACUUUGAAAGAGAAAAUAUACUUUGAUAAUGAAAAGGAUAUACAAAUCAUUUAGCUUUUUUAAAUACAGAAUAGAGUGAAGUACGCAAGCCCUUCUUCCUUUUCUCCCUGUACACACAUCACUUGGUCUAAGUCAGUUAUCACAGAAGGGUUGUACCUCUCAAGUAAAGUUGGUAACGCUUAAAGAGCCAGGAGUUCCAGUAACUCCUUCCAGCAAGAAUUGAGCACAUCCAUUCCUCUGCAAGUUUAUUGUAUUCAAGUAAUUAAUAAAAUACCAGAACUUUUUAGACUUUGUUUCCUCUUAGUACAUCAGACAGAGAAACUGCCUCUCCCUGCUGGGAGAACAGAACAUCUGAUCUGUACCUCUGGUACAGCCUCGUUCUGCCACAGCAGCGUUUGAAGAAACACUCCAGAUACUUGUGGAGAAUCUUCCAUUUCUGCAUACAAUUUAUGAUGUGCAGACAACAUUUGCAAGCCAGUUGGCUUACAUGAAAGCAGCAGUAUGUACUAUCAUUGUAUAGGUUUAUUGAACGUAAACGUUGCAGCAUCAGUUAUGGGGGGAAGACUUGGAAUAAGUUACAUUAUGGAAAAAAUAAAAGUAAUAUGAUUGUAAAUAAAAACUGAGUGUAGAUUUUG